AUGUCUACGGAGAAGAUUGAGGGCUUCAUCGAGCACAUUACAUAUACCAAGGGCGUUCUGGGUGUGGUGGUGUGCACGUCGGAAGGGUUGCCCAUACGCGACAGCUUCCAAAACCUCGACAGGUCACUGGCCCAAUCCUACGCAGCCAUGGCGGCCGAUCUUGCGCGACAGGCGGCAAUGCUGUUCACCCCUGUCAAGUCUCACGGCGCUGUCGCUCAGUCCGCCGCCAAACUGGAAGGUAAGAAAUGCAUUGUUGCUACGCCGCCACCGAUCCAGGAGAGCCCUGUAGAGAUCAUUCGCGUUCGCACGCUUCUGCAUGAGAUCAUAAUUCGGUGCAGCGACGAAUUUCUUAUCGCCGUUGUGCAGGAGCCUGUUGGUUGA